GGUAUGUUUUACGAGCUUCCGUGCUGCUGGUUAAAUUGCGGUUUUGGCUGCUUCCGUCAACCCUCAGCGACUCAGGUCAGAAGGGCCGUGCGGGAGGAGGCGGCCGGUGUUCUUAGCAGGUCCGUUGGAUAGAUUCCCUGAUCUCCACUGGCUGCCGGGUUAGAGGGUGAGGGAGAAUACGGUUUUUUAUAAGCUGGUUUUUAACUCUUGUUUACUUUACCCGUCGGACGAAUAUCGGCCUUCUUCCCUCCUGGGGGUUCAUUGUCGGACCUAUUUCAUUUGACCUAACUUCUGGUUUGCUGAUUCCCCUGCCUGCUGAACUCUGCUAUUGAGCCUCUCUCUUUAAUGGAUUUUCCUUUCAUUAUUGUAUUUUUUUGCUCUGGAAUUUCUAUUUGGUUCUUUAAAAAUCCUUCUUUACUGAUGCUGUUAUUUUGUUCAUAUAUCAUUUUCCUGAUUUAGCACUUGGUCGUGUGAUUGGCAUAAUGGAAGAAUCUAGAAUUUGCAGGCUAGGAGUGAAAGCAGAUAUAUUGUGUAACUCUCAAUCAAAUGAUAUUCCUCAACACCAAGACUCAAAUUGUUCUGGCACGAGUAUUAAGAAUUCCUUGCAAGAGGAUGAAGGCAGUAACUUUAUAACAAAGAGCAGGAAUUUGGUGAACCCAGUGCACAGCAUGCAAGAGUCAAGAAUGGAUACUCCUGGACCAGAUGCUGGCAAGGAUCCUUCUGAUAGUCAAGAAGAUUUGGAGUGCAACAGGAACAAAGAAAAAACCUUAGGAAAAGAAGUGUUAUUAUUGAUGCACGCUUUAAACACUCUUUCAACUCCAGAGGAGAAGCUGGCAGCUCUCUGUAAGAAAUACGCUGAUCUUCUGGAGGAGAGCAGGAAUGUUCAGAAGCAAAUGAAGAUUCUACAGAAGAAACAAGCCCAAAUCGUGAAAGAGAAAGUUCAGUUGCAGAGUGAACACAGCAAGGCUGUCUUGGCAAGGAGCAAACUAGAGUCUCUUUGCAGAGAACUUCAGCGUCACAAUAGAACAUUAAAGGAGGAAAAUAUGCAGCAGGCACAAGAAGAGGAAGAGAAUCGUAAAGAAGCAACUGCACGUUUCCAGUUGACUUUAAAUGAGAUCCAAGCACAGUUGGAACAACAUGACAUACACAAUGCCAAACUCCGCCAGGAAAACACCGAACUGGGAGAGAAACUGAAGAGACUUGUUGAACAGUAUGCACUAAGAGAGGAGCAUAUUGAUAAAGUGUUCAAACAUAAGGACCUGCAGCAACAGCUUGUGGAUGCCAGGCUUCAGCAAACAACACAGCUCAUAGAGGAAGCUGAUGAGAAACACCAAAGGGAGAAAGAAUUUUUAUUAAAAGAAGCAACAGAAUCAAGGCACAAAUAUGAAGAAAUGAAACAGCAAGAAGUACAAUUAAAACAGCAGCUUUCUCUUUAUAUGGAUAAGUUUGAAGAAUUCCAGACUACCAUGGCAAAAAGCAAUGAACUCUUUACAACCUUCAGGCAGGAAAUGGAAAAGAUGACAAAGAAAAUUAAAAAACUGGAAAAAGAAAUGAUAAUAUGGCGUACCAAAUGGGAAAAUAAUAAUAAAGUACUUCUGCAAAUGGCUGAAGAGAAAGCUGUCCGUGAUAAAGAGUACAAGGCCUUUCAGAUAAAACUGGAACGGUUGGAGAAGCUGUGUAGAGCUCUCCAAAUGGAAAGAAAUGAGCUCAGUGAGCAGGUGGAAGUCCUGAAAGAGCAGGUCAAUGUAAAGGCAGUGAAUGUAGAUUUAGCUGCACCUCUGAUACGGCCCUGCACUGCUCUUGUUUCUCAGGAUGAGUUGAAGAGUUCCUCUAGUAAAGCUCCAGGAGUAUACCUGGAUGCUGAGCUCGAGGGAGUAAACGAAAGAAAACACAGCUCCAAAACCCUCUCUACAUGAUCUCUUCUAGACACUGAUUCAGUUCACUAACAUGAAGUGUGAUCACUGUAUUGAGUGGUAUUUUGUGUGUAACUUUUCAGUGUUAGUUACUGUUGGUUUUGUAGUGAACGCUCUUAACUUUUUCUAUUAUAUCUGUAUGUUUCAAGAAUUAUUGGACUGUGUGAUACAGGAGGCUGCUAAGCAGUUUUGCAUUGUUUUAAUGUAUACACUUUCCACAGCUGUAUUGCACACCUGCCUUACCUUCCCCUUCCCUGGAAUACAUGUGUUCAUUGCCUAAUCCUUUCACUUUGUGUAUUCAUUUGCCUUAAUCCUGCCCCUUGCAAGUUGUACCAAGAAUGGUUUCCCAAUGUGAAAACUAAUACUGAUUUCAACUCUGUAGCCCACUGAUACAAGAAGGAAGGAAGGUAGGGAGGAACAAAGGAAGGAAGGAAAAAAGAAAGAUGAGUUUUGUCUAGUAGCUCAUUUAAAUGCCAUCUGAAAAUAAAGCUCAAGUGUGGGAUAAGACCUAAGCAAAGCAAAUUUGAUAUAGAUUCGGUUAUUUAAUAAUAUUUUGGUCACUUGCAAAUUGAGAUGAAUGCAAGAUUGUGGUACAAUAUGUAUGUGAAGAUGUCA